UGUUAUUUUGUAUCCCUCACAGUGUGCUUUGCUGGGACUAAGUCCCGGCCCAACAGAAUGUGACUGUAUGCCAGGGGAGCCUGGCUUUGCUGGUUUUGCUGGUCCAAAAGGUAGCCGUGGUGAGCAAGGCCAGCAGGGUUUUCCUGGCGAACAAGGCAGAGAGGGGUACAAGGGCUCCAAAGGUGCACCAGGAAGAGGAGGGGAUCCUGGUCCUGUGGGUGAUUCUGGUCCUAAAGGUUCUGAUGGUCCUUCAGGAUUUUCUGGAGUCAUGGGUAUUCCAGGACCUCCUGGCGACCCAGGUGAGAUGGGUGGUUCUGGUUCAAAGGGUGACAUCGGACUGACAGGGCCUAUGGGUGAAGUAGGACCUAAAGGAACGACUGGGGAAGUCGGUCAACCAGGAGAGACAGGACCUGGGGCAGACAAAGGAGAAAAGGGGUCUAUAGGAAAGACUGGAAAGGAGGGACCUGCUGGGCCCAUGGGAGAAAAGGGUCAGAUUGGUGCACCUGGAUUUUCAGGAGACACUGGCGAGCAGGGUUAUAUGGGUUACCCUGGAAUUAUGGGAGGGAUAGGCGAUCCAGGCAUAAAGGGAGACACUGGCCUGGGAGGAAUUCCUGGUACUGAUGGCGAGCCAGGGGACGAUGGUCCUAUAGGAGUUGGUGGAGUAGGAGGUGAACCAGGACCAUUCGGACAAAAGGGUGAAAGAGGGGAUCCAGGACGAAGAGGCCCACAAGGAAGGCAGGGUGCUCAGGGAGCGAGAGGAAACACAGGUGAUCCAGGUAAACCUGGGAAGUCUGGGCCUCAAGGAUUGAAGGGUCCGGCUGGCUCUCAAGGUGAGACAGGCCCGGAUGGUGAAAAGGGUCAACAAGGAAGCACAGGUAUCAAAGGAGUUGAAGGGGACAAGGGUAGCACAGGUUUCCAAGGAGACAAGGGGCAGCGUGGUGAGCGUGGCUCUUCAGGUCCGGACGGCCCAUUGGGAAGAAAUGGCCCCCCUGGUAUCCCUGGCACGAGGGGUGAAUCUGGUCCCUCAGGAGACCCUGGAGACCUGGGAACUGCAGGAGCCAAAGGAGUCCAAGGGCCACCGGGCCCAGCUUUGUCUGAUGCACAGAUCUAUGAAUUGUGCCGUGGUGUGGUAACAGCACAGAUAUCACAACAUGCAGCUUCCAUCCGAUCCAAGUGCGCCAGUGGCUGCCCAAUCAACAACAGGGUUCUCAUCGGACCACCAGGAAGUCGAGGAUUGCCUGGCCCACCAGGAAAACCAGGCAAAAGUGGUCUGGCUGGGAAAAAAGGAACUCAAGGGAAAAAGGGACCGAUUGGAUUGGAGGGAACGAAAGGAGCUCCUGGAGAACAAGGCAGGAAAGGUGAUAAAGGAGAAACAGGAGACAGAGGAACAGGACUUCCAGGACAUGAUGGACGCCAGGGUCCCAGAGGACUACCUGGCUUUGCAGGCGUUCCCAAAAAUGGUAUUCCAGGGUUGGAAGGCCCUCGUGGUCAUUCUGGUCCUACAGGCCGACCAGGAUUGCCUGGAUCUGCUGGCGUUCCUGGACGUUGUGAAGCUCGAGACUGUAGUAUCCACGCUCCUGCACUUCGCUCAGAACAUGAGCUUGUGAAAGGACCAGUAAUUUAAAAAAAAAGACAACACACGAGAAAACUGAAUUUAUCAACAAUGACAUUGUGUGAGUUUCUCCACAUACAUCUGAGGGUGCUUAAAGUACAAUCUUUACAUUACUUUAACUGGAGUCAAAACUAAAACUCUCAUAGAAGCAACUUUUUUAAAGCAUCAUUUGUUGUGAAUAUCUAGAACCACAAAGAUUGUGAGACAACAUUAUUACCAUAGAAAACCAGAAGAACUAGCAUACCUCCCCACCCCACCCCCUGAUUUGAUCAAUUGAAAGUUAAAAUGGUCAGGCUAUGCCAACUCAUUUCGAAUGGUUCCAGACUACUUUUGAUUGAAUUUUUUAUUUCUGUGGAUGAGAUUAAAAUAAAAAAGAGCAAUGUAAAUAAUUCUGUACAGAAUCUUAAGUACAUGUGUCAGGUUUUUGCUUCCUGCACUUAUAAACUAUAUGAUUUAAUGGUGCUAAUGCUAACUUGAAAGCAUUGAACAAACAGAAUAAAUUUGUUCAUACUGUGCAUUUUAUAAAUAGCUGUUUGGAAGAUGUAGGUGCUAUAGGCCCUUUGGUUAGGAUUUUUUCCCCCGCUAUGCAGAUAAAACACCAUGGGGUCUAUUUAAAUGAUAGAAAUGGUGGUGCUCCUUAACUCUAUAUUAAUGUAACUGGGGCUUUCCCCUUGGGGUUUUAUAUUUAGAAACAUUACUCCAUAUAGUAAAAUUAACAUUACUGCUUAUAGUAAAAAUCUAGUGAAAUUAGGUUUGUCAAAAAAAAUAUAAUGAAUUUGAGUGUGUUGGUAUUAAGAUCUGCCACGGUUUAGAUAAUUAAAAUAGGCCUGUGUAUGACUACAAAAUUUGUGGUUCUGGAGCCUGAAGGAGAUUUAGGAAUUGGGGUGAAAUAAGUUACGAAAUAACGUAUGAUUUGAUAUAUAGAUAUUUUACAACCAUUUACAGAAUUCUAUAACAGUUAUGAGUUAACUUCUUUAUAGCUGCCAAUCUAUAUAUUUUGCUUCUAUAUGUUAACUGCAGGUGUUGCAUUUUUUUAGUUUUGCCAAAAGCUUUCUUUUUCCAUAAACACAAUAAACUUGGCAUUUAGUACAUUUUAGUAAAAUCUAAUAAACAAUAGUGAAUAGUGUUGAGACUGUCAGAUCUUGCACACAAAUUGAUAAUUUAUUUGACCAAAAAUCUAGUUCUUAAUUACCAGUUAAUCACUAAAGUUAGUAUCCAUAUACUGGAAGAAUGAUAUUACAAUGAUGUAUGGGCAUCUUACUUUUGAAAAGAGUUGUCACCAAGAACGAUACCAACACUCCCUUGAAAUACCUAGUUCAUUUCAGAUAUAUUUUGUGAACAGAGGUGUUCAUUAAAAUGUAUUUAUACAGAACAAAAUUAAAACUAAUGAUGUGUUAAUUACUUUUUAUUUAUUUAUUUGGUAUCCUAACCUAAAAACACUCUUUCAGCCUUCCUGUUUUCUGGCAGAUGAUUUCAAUGUUAAAUACACACCUGGGUUUCUAAAUGAUAUGCAACCUGACAAAGGUUUGGCAAUAGGUCACAUGCUGCCAUUGGCAAGAUACAACUGGCAGUAUAAAAAUUAUGCCAUACAUAACUUUUUGUGGCUUAUUCAGUUGGAAAUCAUAUUAGCAACUUAAAAGCCUUUAAUUUACAUAGAAUACAUUUGAAGUAAACAUGAAUUAGCUAUAUCCAAUGCUUAUUUAUAUUAGAGACCUCUCACUGUUUACGAUAAAUUCAUGUUAAUGCAGAUUAUUAUUAGUAAAUAUUCAGUUUACACAAUUUAAUUUGUAAUUAUUAGGUAGUUAAAAUUAAGCUUUGUUGACAUUAAUCAUAUUGCAUAAAUGAUAAGUUGUAAUGCUCAAUUGUUUUUUAUGAGAAAUUUAUCAUCUGCUCUUACUACAAGGAAAACUGUUACUUUAGUACUUUGUAUUUUGUCUUAUAAUUAUUUUUAAAAAUAAAAUGACCCAGAAUCACUUAACUGUCUGGAAUCUAUUGGGUUUUCCCAACAACUGCUUUAAAAUUAAAGCCAAAACAAUAAUAACGAAUCAAUCAGUGUCAAGUCAGCUUGCAAAACCCAAUAAAAUUCCGUGCUGAAAAUAGAAACUGGAAGUAAAAACAGUCAGUGACUCAUCUUUCCUAGAAAACAGCAGGGACAGAAAAGCAUUAACAAGAAUUGCCAAAGGCUUUGUGUUGUAGGUUAAAUAAUAGGGGUGUGCCGAUACUCGUGCUCAUACUGUAAUUGCCUUUAAGAAGUGUUUAUCGGCAGGUAUUAAAUAAAUAUUCAUUAAUGUGUCGAUUUCAAAACAAGAAAAGCUGUGCUUCCCUCACAAUUGAGUACCAAUCAAUGGCAAUUCACUUCCACACUUUGAGUGCUUUAAAAGCCGAUUGGAUGCACAUUUUACUGUCAUCCAGAGGGCUGACUUUUUUUGCUGCCAUACAGAGGCUGAAAACUGACAAUGAAAGUACGUUUCACAUGCUAAAUCAGACAAAGUAACAAUAGUUUAUACAAAGAUGAGAUGACAAAAGCAUUCCUUGUCAAAAGGCUACAUACCAGCAGUGGCUUAAUUUAGCCUCAUUUGCAGUUUAAACCUUGCCUUGGGAGGUUUUACCUGGGUCUUCGUUCAUGGUCAGGUCUGAUUUGUGUCAUUCAGAGAAAAAUGGAAUCUCUGACUCAAACAUCAGUUUCUUGUUUGUUUUCUUGUUCAAGUAUUUUUUGUUUUUUUCUUUUUUUAUGUAAUGCAUAUUAAUGUAAAGUUUGCUAUGAAAUAAAUACACUAGAUUUU